UGAAGCUGUAAUCCCGGAAGUGUCGUGCGUUGGCCUGUGGGAGGACUCGGUUCCGGGUGUCCCGGCCGCUUUGAGGAUGUGGCUCCGCCGUCUGGCUUAUUACUGCCUGGGGCUGGUCGCUGUCGGUCUGCCCGCGGCCUCCUGCUCCCAGGGGGACCGGGAGCCCUAUUAUCGCGACUGUGUCCGACUGUGCGAGCGACAUAACUGUACUGGGGCCCGGCUCCGGACAUUCCGCAAACUACAGCCCCUCUACAUGCUGGCAACAGGUUGGAGCUGUGCUGAUGACUGUAAAUACAGCUGUAUGUGGCUGACAGUGGGACUGUACAUUCAGGAAGGACACAAAGUGCCUCAAUUUUAUGGCAAGUGGCCCUUCUACCGAUUCCUGUUCUUCCAAGAACCUGCCUCAGCCUUUGCCUCCAUGCUGAAUGGACUGGCCAACUAUGUGAUGCUGGGCAGGUACCAGGCUGCAGUGCCUCUAGAAUCUCCUAUGUACCAGACAUGCAUCUCCUUUGCUAUGAUCACCCUCAAUGCCUGGGUUUGGUCCACUGUAUUCCACACACGUGACACUCCACUGACUGAGAAAAUGGAUUACUUCUGUGCGUCAUCCGUGGUGCUGUAUUCCAUCUACCUGUGCUGUGUCCGGACCGUGGGCUUGGCUCACCCUUGGGCAGCCAGUCUUUUUGGGGCUCUACUCAUUGGAUUGUUCACAUGUCACACCUGGUACCUCACCUUUGUGCAUUUUGAUUAUGGGUACAACAUGGCUGCCAAUGUCUUGAUAGGGUUGAUUAACCUCCUGUGGUGGCUCAGCUGGUGCCUCUGGAACAGAUCUCACCUCCCCUAUGUGUGGAAGUGUAUGGUGGUUGUCAUGAUGCUGCAUGGACUGGCUUUGCUUGAACUCUUGGACUUCCCUCCACUGUUGUGGGUGUUUGAUGCUCAUGCAGUCUGGCAUUUCAGCACCAUCCCUGUGCCGUUCCUUUUUUACAGCUUUCUAAUUGAUGACAGUCGACACCUCCUUGAUGUGAAAAUGGAAUAAGCAAUUGCCUGUGAACUGCUGCAUCUGAAUGUGAACGUAUGAGACAGUGUCUCACUCACCUGCGUGGACAUUACACUGCUCACUACUAAAGCUGACCAGUUGAUGCAAGACAGGAUUCUGUCAAGGCUCAGAACCCCGAAGCAGAGGACACAUCUCACUGGGAUGAUGUGCUGAAAGUCAAACUCUGUUAUUCCCAGUGUCAUCACAAAAGUUAAGAUUUUAUCAGAAUAGUUUCCCAAUUUACCUGCCUUUUUAGACUCUGCUUAACAGAAAACACAUGCCAGAUUUCUGUAUAAAACAAGAACUAUUAUUUAUUACAAAUAGAUUUGAGCUACAGAUGAACAAAUAUGAACUGUCAACAUAUACUUCAACUAAUUAAAACUCCAGCCCCUUAAAACUCACCUGGCACAGACACAGCCAAACAAAGAAUUGGUAUUAUAUAUGGAAGGAAAAACUGAAGCAUUUCAAUGGUGUCUGUCUGCAUUGAUACUUUUACUUGUCAGGAUUUACUGUUUCUCCAUCUUUCUUCAGGAAUGUAUUACUUCUGCAUAGAGGACACAGAGCAACUAUUUAACAAAUUGCCAGGUCUCUUAGCUAUGGGUUAGAAGCCAGUUUAUAGCAACUGUGAGGGAAAACAAAUUGGCUUUCUUCAUGCUUUAACUUUUUUAACUGUAGAGAAAGACUCCACCGCCCUUCCGGAGGUCUGAAUGCCUAUGGCCGUAUUGUUAACACCCACAAGCUGUUCAACUUCUUGGGAGACAAUCUCAUCAUUGUUGGCAGGCAAAGGGCCUGUGGUCUGUGAACUGUUAAUUAACCUUCCUGCGCUACUUGAACAAGCAACCGUGUUUACACCAUUUCGAAUGAGUUUUUAAAACCAUUCGUUUCACAUUUAUCUGCAAUUAAAAUCAGAAAUUAAUAAAGAAACACUUGACAAGAGGAAUUUGGGAAAAGAGGAGGAGAGUAGAACUGGCUAUGUUUCUCUUCUAGAGAUUUGGCAUAGACACUAUGGGACAAAUAACCACUCCCUGCCCCAAUGCUGCUCCAUGUCCAUUUUUAAUCAGAACCAUUGGUUGGGGAGAUAAUUUUAUCUGAGAUAUUUGGAUCCUAACUGCAUUCCAUGUUCUUUUUUGAGAACUGAUUUCUGAGCUGACUGGCUACAUGGCCAGUGUAUACUGUUAUAUUUUAGUUCUCAUUAGGAAACUGUUGUUUUUUUUAAUUUCUCUGGCUGGUUGCAGCUGUGUUACUUUUGUCCUUUCUAAGUGAGAACAAUGAUGAUUUUGUGGGAGGGCUUGGCCCUUGCACUAUGGCUUUUAGUAUUUGCACUUUCUUUUUGCAUGUUCUUCACUAUCCUAUCUACCUGCGACUCCACUUUCAAGGAACUAUGAACCUGCACUCCAAGGUCUCUGUUCAGCAACACUCCCCAGGUCCUUGCCAUCAAGUGUAUAAGUCCUAAUUGGCCCACUUCCCUCGUAUACAUAUACCCAUCCAGAUGCCUUUUAAAUGUUGUAAUUGUACCAGCCUCCACCACUUCCUCAUUACAUAGAAACAUCACCCUCUGUGUGAAGAAGUUGUCCCUUAGGUCUCUUUUAUAUCUUUCCCCCCUCACCCUAAACCUAUGCCCUGUAGUUCAGACCUCCCCAUCCCAAGGAAAAGACCUUGCCUAUUUAUCCUAUUCAUGCCCCUCAUGAUUUUAUAAGGUCACUUCUCAGCCUCCAGGGUCUCCAUGAUUGUGUUUCCACCUUUUGGUGUUUGGACUGAGUCCCUGCUGGUCAACUGCAUCUUUACAAAAAAAUCUCAGAUUGUGUUUCCUUCUCAGCUCUGCCACCAAGUGGUAGAAAAUACCUGGAGCAGCCUGCCUGUGUUUCUGGGUGUGAGACAAAGCCUGUGGAGGGGUAAAAGAUGUAAGGAGUGGAGGCUUCAUUCAAUCUGCCCAGAAACUGUCCUUCACACCACAUGCACUGAAUUUGCUACUUUGACUUCAUUGUGAUGCUGUGCACACCUGGAGCAGCACGACUCCACCUCCCUGCUCUUAUCUCUGUCUCCUGCUCCAGACGCUGUUUUUGUGUUGGAAGUCAUAGGUGAAGUUGGUCACAAGACUGCUGCACAGGUUAGAGUUAGAAUUGUUCAGUAAUUUAUGAGUAAGCUUUCUCCUGUUUUAAUGCAUUCAUCGGGCACCCUGAAAUGUCUGAAUUGAGUGGUUAAACCCAUUGACUGAAUGAUUGAAAUAAUUUUGAAUAAA